AUGUCCAAGAGUCCCUUCCAAGGUUUGGUGAAGGCCAAUCUGCCCGGCAUGGGCGGCAAGGGCCUGAAGACUGCGAUGUCACUCGCGGUUGUUGGUGUGGGCGCCUCAGCAGUCGCCUACAACUCCCUCUUCACAGUGGAGGGUGGUCAGAAGGCCAUCAUCUUCAGCCGCUUUAGCGGUGUUCUGCCCAAGGUGUACAAUGAAGGGCUGCACUUCAGGAUGCCCUGGCUUCACAUCCCGCACGUCUUCAACAUGGUGAACAUCACGCUGCGCGUGCUGACGAAGCCCAAGUGGGAGAAGCUGCCUGAGAUUUACAAGAAGCUCGGCACUGAUUACGAUCAGCGAGUUCUGCCUUCCAUCGUGAAUGAAGUCCUCAAGGGCGUCGUGGCCCGCUUCAACGCUGCGCAGCUUAUCACACAAAGAGAGCUGGUGAGCGGCAUGAUUCAGGACCGUCUUAGGGAGCGUGCUGCCGACUUCUUCAUCGAUCUCGAUGAUGUGUCGAUCACUCACCUCAGCUUCGGCCGCGAGUAUACCGCUGCCAUUGAGGCCAAGCAAGUCGCCCAGCAGGAGGCGGAGCGCGCCAAGUUCAUUGUGGAGAAGGCUCUGCAGGACAAGCGCAGUAUCGUCAUCAGGGCUGAGGGUGAUGCCGAGUCGGCGCGGAUGAUCAGUGAGGCCGUUCAGUCGAAUCCCUACUACCUCGAGCUCAAGACCAUCGAAGCCGCGCGAGACAUUGCUGGCUCCCUAGCCAACUCGCAGAACAAGGUGUACUUGAGCAGCGACAUGCUCAUGUUCAACCUUCUCAGCUCCAUCAGCGGAUCCAACACCGCUUCCAGCCUCGUGGGUUCCGUGCUGUCGGCCAAGGAUGCCACCAUCGCCAGGCAGUAG